AUGACAAACUCUUCAAGUCCACUUAUUGUGUGUUUCGGGGAGAUGCUUAUUGAUUUCGUACCUGACACUUCUGGAGUUUCGUUAGCCGAGUCUAAGGGCUUUCUGAAAGCCCCUGGGGGUGCUCCUGCUAAUGUUGCCUGUGCUAUUACCAAGCUUGGUGGCGUGUCUGCUUUUAUUGGCAAGGUUGGAGAUGACGAGUUUGGCCGGAUGUUGGUGGAUAUACUGGCAAAGAACGGGGUGAAGAGCGAUGGCGUGUGCUUGGACAAGCAUGCAAGAACAGCUCUGGCAUUUGUAACGCUGAAACGCAACGGAGAGAGGGAGUUCAUGUUCUACAGGAACCCCAGCGCGGACAUGCUGCUCAAGGAGUCCGAGCUGAACAUGGGUCUCAUCAAGCAAGCCAAGAUCUUUCACUAUGGAUCCAUAAGCUUGAUUUCAGAGCCUUGCAGGUCUGCCCACAUGGCAGCCAUGAAAGCCGCCAAGGAAGCCGGUGUUCUUCUCUCCUAUGAUCCCAAUGUUCGCCUGCCACUUUGGCCUUCUGCAGAUGCUGCUAGACAAGGCAUCAAAAGCAUUUGGUUAGAAGCUGACUUCAUCAAGGUUAGUGACGAUGAGGUGGAGUUCCUGACCCAGAAAGAUCCCCAGAAGGAAGAUGUGGUGAUGUCAUUAUGGCAUGAUCAUCUCAAGCUACUUGUCGUUACGGAUGGCGAAAAGGGUUGCAGAUAUUUCACCAAGAACUUCAAGGGUAAAGUGGCUGGAUUCUCGGUGAACGCCAUUGACACAACAGGAGCUGGGGAUUCUUUUGUAGGAGCACUGCUGUGCUCUGUUGCCAAUGAUCCUUCUAUCUUGCAGGAUGAAGGAAAACUCAAAGAGGCUUUAACCUUUGCAAAUGCGUGUGGCGCAAUCUGCACGACUCAGAAAGGAGCCAUUCCGGCACUCCCCACGCCAUCCGACGCCCAAGCACUCAUAGCUCAGUCCAAAGCCAAAUAGAGAGAGAGAGAGAGAGAGAGAGAGAGAAGUGUUUGCCGUGCGUGUCUGGGAGAGUUAUCAUUCACUGUCUUCAUGAUUUUAUGCUCUUGCUACUCCAAUCACAAGACAAGAUAUUUCUUCUUGCGUACCAAUGACAUAAUGAUACAAUAUUCUUAGACAUAACUAUAUGUUUUCACAAUAAAUUGUCGAGGGAGAAACUUGUUCUUGUUUCAAAUCAGCAAGAAUUCUCUUAAGCCUAAACGCUUCACAAGCUAUCAGCAGCUGAACUAGAUCCUGUACAGCUGAAGACAAGGCAGUUGUCUUUUGUGGAAGAACGUGAGAUUGGAUUUUAUGCAAAAGAUAUAUCUAGAUGUA